UUUGGUGAUCAGUAGCUCAACACCCCCCCCCCCCACUUACAAAACCAAACACCUUUGACCAGACAACAUAAACCAAUUGCUAUGGGAGUUCUUGAAAAAGCUCACAACAUAAAGAUCCUAGGCUCCGGCAGCCAGACCAUAAUCUUGGCACACGGUUUUGGUACGGACCAGUCGGUAUGGAAACAUCUGGUACCUCAUCUAGUAGACGAUUACAAGGUUGUUUUGUUCGAUACGAUGGGGGCGGGUACGACGAAUCCUGAAUACUUUGAUUUUGAUAGGUAUGCUACCCUUGAAGGGUUUGCAUACGAUGUUAUUGGCAUUCUUGAGGAACUUCGGGUUUGUUCAUGUAUAUAUGUUGGUCACUCGGUGUCUACUAUGAUUGGGGCUUUGGCUUCUAUUCUUCGUCCUGAUCUGUUUUCUAAACUUGUAAUGAUUGCGGGUUCUCCGAGGUAUUUGAACGAUCCAGAUUACUUUGGAGGAUUUGAGCAAGAAGAUCUUGACCAACUAUUUGAAGCAAUGCAAUCGAAUUAUAAGGCAUGGUGUUCUGGUUUCGCUCCAUUAGCAAUUGGCGGGGAUAUGGAAUCUGUAGCAGUUCAAGAAUUUAGUCGAACCCUUUUCAAUAUGAGACCAGACAUAGCCUAUAGUGUCUUACAAACCAUAUUCCAAAUUGACAUGAGGAAUCUGUUGCGUCAUGUUACAGUCCCAUGUCACAUCAUACAAAGCAUGAAAGAUCUGGCGGUUCCAGUGGUUGUGGCUGAGUACCUUCACCAGAACCUUGGUGGUGAGUCCAUUGUUGAGGUCAUGUCGACUGAUGGUCAUCUCCCGCAGUUGAGCUCCCCAGAUGUCGUGGUUCCGGUCAUUCUCAGGCACAUUCGUUGUGAUAUCGCGUUGUAGUUAUGUUUAGGUUAUUUGUUUGGGUUACUUUAAUUGGUUGUGUGCACUACAACUUGUUGAUAAAGCCUUCUUAUCAGUUUGGAAUAAUAUUGUAAUAGUGUGUAUGCUUCUUUUUUGGUACUUACAUAUCUUUUGUAUAUAAAACUUUCUUUUGUGUACUUUAA